AUGGAGCCUCCAGAAGGGAACAGCGACGUUGACGUGGAGUGGCUGGACGGCCCUUUUCCAACCAAAGCGGGUGUAGCCGGCCGCGGCGCAGACAAUGAUGAUGGUGCGGAGAAAGCCGAAACCACUGCGCCAUGCCACGACGCCAGCAACAGACCCAUGACGAGAAGCAGCAGCAGCGUGUUCAACGGCGCCUCGCGGCACGCCAACCUCGGCGAAGGCUGCGACGGUGGUGGGAUCCUCCACCACCGGCAUCGAGAGGGGAUGGGGGGUAGCAGUAGUGCGACGGCGGGGACGAGCGGGACAUCUCACCGCGUCCUCCUAGGAAAGAGGGGGUCGGGCGAUUCAUCAGCAUCAUCAGGAGGAUCAUCAACCCGCAUUGACGCUGUGCAUGCUGCUGCUGGUCAUAGCGGGCCAAACAAGGCAGCGUGCGGCUUCCUGUGCUACGAGUGCGGCCUGGCCUUCCACAGCGUGAAGGAGCUGCAGCUGCACAUGGUCAGGAAGACGGCCUGGUCGAACCAGGGCCUGAUCGGCAGCCGGGUCAGCUGCUUGGUGGACAACCGGGAGUGGCACGAAGGCCUUGUGACCCAGUACCACAAGUCGGGCAAGCACUGCGUCGAGUACCGGAGAUCGGGGGAGAAGCGCUGGGUCAACAUGCUCAAGACGGCCUUCUACAUCGUCGAGCGCGCUCAGCCCACGGGCGGCGAGGUCAAGGAGAUGGAGCCAGACCCUACGGAGGGACUAGCACCGAUAGAGAAGUGGCACUACCACGAGGACAUUUCGCCGGAGUUCUGCAUGGCGUUGUCGCUGCUGCACCGGGCCUACGGCUGCCGCGUCCAGGAGACGGGCCACAAGACGGUGGGGCACACGUGUGUCACCGACAGGGAUAAGGUUGCGGCUAGAGAGGUCAAGGGAUCUCUGCUGUACGGCGAGCUUCUCCCCAGGGGUGUCAACAAGGCCAUGGGUCCGAGACACCUCAACGCCGCGAAGGCUAGCACCAUCUACGACCUGGGCAUGGGCACCGGCAAGGUGGCGAUGCAGGUGUUCUUGCAGUUCCCGAACUUGACACGGGUGUACGGGAUCGAGCUUUCUCAGGCCCGCUUCGAGCUCGGGGAGGAGGCCCUGUUUGCGCUGAUGGAGUUGCAGCCCGGAGCGUACACGAUAAAGGAGCACAUCCCGGGACAGUUUAUUUCGAUCGAGACGCUCGCCCAAGACCAAGACCACGAGCAGCAGCAGCAGCAGCAGCAGGAGCAGCCCUCUCUUGCUGAGGGCGGUGGUUGGCGGGAAGGGGGUGCAGGGUGGGAGCAUUUGUGCCGGGGCCCCCCGGGGAGAACGUUGGAGUUUGCGUGCGGGAAUUUGUUCGACGUGACCAACCUUGCGCAGGCGGACCUGGUGCUGUUGGAGACCGACGUUUCGUCGGACGUACACCCGCAGCUGUCGCGGUUUUUGACCGGGAUGCGAAAGGGCUCGCACGCCCUGACGUACCUCGACCUCAGGAAGAUGUGGAGUAGCCUGCCCUUCCCUUAUAGACAGGUGGAGGUGAACCGCUCGCUCUCCGACCGGUUCCCGACGUCGUGGUCGGUGCACCGCGGACACCACUUCUUCUUGUGGCACAAGAUCCUCCCGUCCUUGGAGGGUGCGUUGCAGCCGCAGCAGUCGGCGACGUCGGAAGAUGGCGAGGUUUUAACGGCCACUGGCGUAUCCGACAGGAGGCGAGACCGGCAAGGCCACCCGCUGCAGCCGUUGUGCUCGAGAGGGAUUUCUGGCGUUGACGUUAGUGGGGGAGGUGGGCGCUCCGACAGCUUGCGGAGUGGUUCCUCCGGGUUUAGCCUUGGGGGGGCUUUUUCGGGAGUGGGGCUGGGGACCGAAGGGAAGGGGCGCCGCGGACGGCAUCCGAAGUUUCGCUUGCCGUUCAUGUCGUGUCUGGGGCUGGGGCGGAGAACGCCUUCAAGAUCAUCGCCGUCGGCGCUGCGGUCUUGCGAGAGACCACCGGCGGCGCGGGCGGAAGAGGGGCUCGUUGCCGCAGCCGGCGGUGUUGAGGCGUCGAUGCUCUCUCUAACGCUGGACAGGGGAGCUCGCGGGGGCAGCGAAGCUAGGAACCGUAAGGGGUCCCCCCCCCGCGUGGGCAGCGCCGUCGGAGGGAUGAUGCACGGCUGCAGUGAGCGACGGCGGUCAUUGCUGCUUGUUCUGACCGGUGCCGUCUCCGAAAGAACGUCUUCUCGCGACAUUGCUGGCUGGUUGCUGCCUUCAAGGCAAUUCGUGGGGGCGAGUAGCUGUACUCGCGGAGCUUUGCUUCUUUCGUUGAGCUUUCGUCAGCGUGCGGGGGCGGCGGCGGCGGGGAGGGUACUAAUAGAAUGACGUUUUCAACGCUUGGUGUAGUUGCUCGUUGUUUUCGGUUCGUGAAAUCAACAUCCACGGAUCAGGUACGAAGCUUUUUUUUUUUUUUUUCGAUCGAUCGGUCCCAAGACUGCUGUCCCAAGCCUCUGUGUUCCUCCAAGACUGGUUCGGUUUAGGAUAACUGAGGUCAGUCGUAGUAUAUGUUGACGCCGGUAGAUUUUCGCCUGCGCUGUCGUUGGCAGCAAAGACUUGUUGGGGGUUCCCGGAACAUUUUUGGUUUGGUCCCCCCCCCCCCUUGCUCCGUCUCGAAAGGGACGCGUGGUCAAUGGUCAAAUGACUACGGCAAGCAACAAAUGAGUACGCCCCCCCCCCCUGCUCCGCCGCGCGGUGCCGACCCCCUUCUGCUUCGUCAAAAUGUAACGCGUGUAUUGUCGUCAAAAUGAGACACCUUCCAUUUUGUCAAAAUAGUAACCGAAAGAGGUUGUUGAGUUGCAAUGGCUU